AUGUUUUUAUAUACUAUAGAUGCCGCUUUAGGAAUAUGCGACUGCCCUUUUGGUAUAGGCGGUAAAUUUUGCAAACAUCUUUGUGCCGUGCAACAAAAUUUUGGAGUACUUCUUCCGAACGCACCUAUACUUACUCCAUCCGAUAAGAAAAUGUUGGCAAAGUUAGCUCUCGGUUAUGACGCCUCAGAAUAUUUUUUUGAAAAUAUGGACUUAGACGAUUCUAAAAGCCGGUCGGACAACAUACCUAUUAAUAAAAGUCCACAACGAAAUAUUCAAAAGGGAGUUGAUACCAAGGUUGAUUUUAUUUUGGAAACAAAGAAAAAGGAAUCAGAAGUUAACAGAAAACACACUUCUGCGGUAGAAAGUCUAAAAGAAAACUUUCACAAACUAAUAGAAAUUGCAUCAGAAAAUAACACCGCAGAUUUUACGAAUUGCAUCAUAAAGGCUAAUGUUGAAUUAAAAAAAAUUACAACAUCAACGCAACUCGCAAGUUUUCUUUGCAAUUUAAGGAAAGGACGCUCUUCAAAACAAAUAGGGGUUUAA